AUGCCCCGUUCUUCUCGUACAGGCGUAUUAGUUUUUGAUCCAGAAAUCGAGAAGACCGCACGAAAGUUGAAGAAGCAAGCUAAGGAGUGGAAAAAGAGAUCCAAUUCUGCUCCACCGAGUCUUGAGGAUCAAGAAGAAAUUGAAGAUCCAAUGGGUGACCGUAAUAAUAGGGAUGAGGAGAACGAUAGAGAGAUCGUUGAUCCUCGACAGGAACCACCUCAACUGAUCAGAGAGUUAGGCCGUCAUAGAAGCAAUCGCCCUUUGUGCAUUGUCCUUCCUGCCAUUAAUGGCAACGCUGAAAUACGGCCUGGUUUCAUUCAAGUGCUACCCAAAUUCGGUGAUUUUCCUGGAGAGAGUGCACACAAGCAUCUGGCUGAAUUUGAUCUAGUUUGCUCAACUCUACGCCCUCAUGGUUUUACUGAAAAUAAUUUGAGGCUAUUGACUUUUUCUCAUACUUUGCAGGGUAGAGCGAGAGAUUGGCUUUUUGAUCUUCCUCCUGGUUCGAUUAGAACUUGGGGAGAUUUAGAAGAACAAUUCUUGCGAAAAUUCUUUCCUGAGUCCAGAGCUGCAAAUUUGAGAAUGGCCAUUAGCAGCAUUAAACAGAAGAAGGCGGAGAGUCUAGCCGAUUAUUGGGAGAGAUUCCAACAGCUGUGUCGCAAGUGUCCUGAUCAUGGAUUUUCUGACUACCAAUUGCUUACUAACUAUUUUUAUCGUGGUAUGUCUUCUUUUGAUAGGAAAAUUGUUGACGCUGCUUGUGGUGGAAGCUUGACCAAUAAAACUUUGGACGAAGCAAAGCAACUCAUCGUUGACAUGGUUUCAAAUGGCCAACAAUAUGAGGAUGAGGAUGAUGAUCGUUAUAGGCCAGUGCAGAAAGUAGAAGAUUCCAACAUGAACGAGAGAAUUGAUGCUCUCACCUCUUUAGUUAGAGGACUUGCUGUCUCUAAAACUCAACACGUUCAAUGUGGAAUUUGCUUUGAAAAUAAUCAUCAUACUGAUGCAUGUCCAUCUCUGCAGGAUAAUAAUACUGAGCAAGCGUGCAUGGGAUCCGCUGAUGAGCAAGAGAUGAACGCACAAAGGCAAAGGCGAAACGACCCUUUUUCCAACACCUACAAUCCAGGGUGGAGAAAUCACCCAAAUUUUAGGUGGAGACAGCAGGAACCAGGGAUGUACGCGCCGAAUCCGCCGCAGGCUGGACAGUAUGCCCAUACCGCACGUCCUGCACCAAGUUCUGCACCCAAUAUGAACGAUAUCAUGAAGAGCCUCGCCCAGAGCAGUGAAAUUGUGAAGAAUUUGGUGCAAAGUCAGCAGGCAUUCCAGCAUGAAACUCAGGCAGCGUUGAGUAAUAUGGGCACACAAAUCACGCAGUUAGCCACUCAGGUGAACAAGCUGCAGGCGAAUCAAGGCCGACUUCCUUCUGUCACGGAGAUGAAUCCCAAGGAAAAUGCAAGUGCUGUAACUACAAGAAGUGGGAGAAUUCUAGUUGAGCCACAACCUAAGCAGCAGGACAAAGAAGAAAAGCUCGAUGAAGCCAAGGACAAUGCAAUUAGUGAGAAGUCACCAGAAUCCACCGAACCUAGCUCUUCUAAGGUAAGUGGAAAACCUAAGGUUUCAAUUCCUCAAUCAUUGAUUGCACCACCUUUUCCUUCUAGGUUGGCUCAGAACAAGAGAAUUGAAGAAGAGAAGGAUAUUCUAGAAAUAUUCAAAAAGGUAGAAAUAAACUUGCCCUUGCUUGAUGCAAUUAAGCAAGUUCCCAGGUACGCAAAGUUUUUAAAAGAGUUAUGCUCUAAGAAAAUGAAGUUUGGGAAUGAUGCGAAAAUUCGAGUGAGUGAGAAUGUUUCUGCUGUUCUUCAAAGAAAAUUGCCCCAAAAGUGUCGAGAUCCUGGUAUGUUCACCAUUCCAUGCAUUAUAGGUAAUAAGACUGUUGAGAGAGCCAUGUUAGAUUUAGGAGCGUCCAUAAAUGUCAUGCCUUAUUCUGUGUAUAAGGAUUUGCAAUUAGGACCUUUGAAAGACACUCGUGUUAUCAUUCAGUUAGCUGAUAGGUCUACUGCAUAUCCCGAAGGUGUUGUUGAGGAUGUCCUUGUCAAGGUCAAUGAUUUGAUUUUUCCUGUGGAUUUUUAUAUUGUUGAUAUGGAUGAUUCUGCCUCUGCUAAGCAAUCUUUGAUUCUUUUAGGGAGACCAUUCAUGAAAACUGCUAAGGCAAAAAUUGAUGUGGAUAGUGGAAUGCUUAGCCUUGAAUUUGAUGGAGAUAUUGUCACAUUUAAUAUUUUUGAGGCUAUGAAGCAUGUUGAGGAUCCUGAAUCUGUGUUCAUGAUUGAUGUUAUUGACCCUUUGGUUGAGGAAUUUGUUAAGAAUUUCAGGUAG